AUGAAGAGCAAGCUCCCACAAAACCGGGGAAGCUCUCAGGGGUUCGUUUCAGAACGACAACCUCGUCGGCGACGGCGCCGCCGCAACCAGACGCAAAAUUCUUCAACCCAUUCGACAGAGACUUCUAACGACCAGCAUAGUCCCAUCGACAGAACAGACUCUAUUUCCGUGCCCGACCAUUUACAAAUGGUCAAUCGCCACCUACCUCCACACGUGUACAGCGUUCUCCUCCAACGCAAAAGAAUUGUCACGGAGGAACUCAAUCUUCUCAACCAGUAUCUCGAAACGCUCCAACCCCCGCAUAGCCCAAAUCAAAUGGACUGGGAACCCAUCCCGCCAACACACAAAUAUUACCCACCGCAGCAGCCGCAUCCGCAACAGCAAUCGUUCGAUGUAUCUCUUUUAGGCUUGUCCAGAGCGAAUAAGCUAGAACAAACUUCCAUAUAG